ACUGCGGAAGUGUCGCGAGGAAACAGAAGAGAUUGCAGCUCUGGUAUCGCUCACGUUCAGUUCGGAUUGUAAAGGCGGAUAAAACCCCUUUAAAAUGUCGGGAUUCGACACAAACCCGUUCGAAACCACGUUCGACGUCAAUCCCUUUCAGGAUCCGUCUGUGACUGAUGUGACUAAUUCUGGAAUUGAUCACAUUGAACAUUUCAGUCCGUUCCCUGAUAGUAACUCUGGAACCACCAUCCCAGCUUCAACCACUCCAUCUCAACCUGCUGUAUUGCAGCCGUCAGUCGACCCCACUCCACAGGCUACAGCUGCAGCUGCGCAAGCAAAUCUACUCAGACAGCAGGAGGAGCUGGAGAGGAAAGCAGCCGAACUAGAUCGACGAGAACAAGAACUACAAGACAGAGGAGCUACUACAGGCAAACAGAACAACUGGCCUCCUCUACCCAAAAGUUUUCCCAUCAAGCCGUGCUUCUACCAGGACUUUUCCGAGGAGAUCCCACCAGAGCAUCAGAGAAUCUGCAAAAUGAUCUACUACCUCUGGAUGUGGCAUUGUGUGACGCUGUUCCUGAAUGUUCUGGCGUGUGUGGCCGAUUUCACCACUAAUACAAAUGCGGGGGUGGACUUCGGCCUCUCCAUCCUCUGGUUCAUUCUGUUCACCCCCUGCUCGUUCCUCUGUUGGUACAGACCCGUCUAUAAAGCCUUCAGGUCUGAUAGUUCCUUCAAUUUCUUUUUCUUUUUCUUCAUUUUCUUCGCUCAAAUCGCUGUGUCAAUCAUUCAGUGCGUGGGCAUCCCUCGCUGGGGAAACAGCGGCUGGAUUGCUGCAAUAGAAGCAAUUGGCUCAAAUAAAGCGGUUGGCGCUAUUAUGAUGGUGGUGGCCGCAUUCUUCACCGUGUGCGCUGUGAUGUCUGUCGUCUUGCUCAAAAUGGUUCAUUCUCACUACCGUCACACCGGCGCCAGUUUCCAAAAGGCACAGCAGGAGUUCUCCCAGGGCGUCCUCACAAACCGCACAGUCCAGAGUGCUGCAGCCAAUGUGGCCGUCACUGCCACCCAGAGCUCUUUCCAGAGGAACUAGACUACCAGAAAACACCACCAUCCCUCCGCAGAGCCUCCUUUCCAUCGGCCUGGUGGUCCACACGGAACCCAAAGCCCAGCUACGAUCCCAAACGUUGCCCAUGUUCACCCGCUUUGGUUUCUCGGUCUUAAUGUGGCCUUUGGACUGCAGAGGCGCUAGUUUCCAAAUGUUUGUGGUUCUUUUAUUUUUUUGAAAUGGAAGGUUUGGCGUUGAAAUGUGUUUGUAUAUUUUUGUAUGUACGCACUAAUGGUUUCCUAUAUCCUUUUUUUGAGCUUGGUCCUGCUGUAUAUAAUGUUUCCCGAUUGUCCAUGGUGGUACAGAAGCGAUCAACGUUCUAUAAAAUGACCAUGAAGGAUAUUGAACCAUUCGCAACUCCCUUGAUAUUGAAGUCUAAGUUUAAAUGCAUGUUUUGAUUGCAAUUCUGCUGUAAUAUAAUUACUAAAGGUUUGGAGUUGUACAUAAUAAUCUCAACAGAAUGUGCCUAAUGGAUGCAUCAGCAUUCCCUUAAUUUGUAAUUUGACAAAGAUUUACUAAAAACCGUUCAGCGUUCCUUACUAGUGCCAAAAAGUAACGAGAAAACUCCUAGAGUUCCUUGGUGUGAAUGUGAGCAUAAUUAAAAUAAUUACCUCUGAAUCUUGAUGUCUUAAUCGUAAGUCUGAAGGCGAGAUAUAAUGUAUUUCUUUAUAUUGGGUUUGUAUCAUACAGCAUAAAAUUUUGAUGAUGAUAUAAAGUUUAUAUAGAGCCUUGUUCUUCUACAUGUAAGGCUUUUUAGGCUGCUGUAAACAGGCAAAUCGAAAUAGUCACUUGUACUGCAAGUUAAAUUUGCCUUAAUGAUUUUUAUAGCCAUUUUGGAAAAUCCUAGCAUUUAAAGUGAUUUGAAACGUUUAUGUUGUUGACAAUUUUUACGCAAGUGAGAAGCCAAUGACACUUAAUAAAAAGGGUUACAGAAUUCUGUCAGUCGAGAUCAGUUUAUAAUAUAUUUCAGCAGUAUGAGUACUUAACUGAACAAGUUUGAGCAAUUAAAUUUUUUGAUUAACAAUUUUGUCUGACUCUUUAUUUAUGGUAUCAAAGCAACAAAAGAAAAAAAAAAAAAGUCUAAAUACAUUUCAAACAGAAAUCACACAAGUAUCCAGUCAUGACGACACACCAGUGUUGGGAAGAAAAGUAACUAAAAGUAGCAACACUACUUACUUUAACUACAUUUUCUGUAUGUGUUGCUUUCCCAACCAUCAAACGCACUCACACAACCGAAUCGGUUCUUUCGGACAAUUCACUUAAAUGAACUUGUUAAACGAUUCCGUUAUCUUUAGCGUUGGGCACUCCGGUUCAUUUUAUUGAGUCGGUUCUUUCGGACGGUUCAUGCAAAUGAAGUAGUUCACAUAAAUGAUUCACUGAUUCAUAUGAGCCAAGCGCAGCCUUAGCUUCUGUUAACCGAUAUAUUUAGAUUCGGUUAUAUAAAGUAGUUUUUUUUUUUUUUUUAGUUUAUCAGUGUAUAUCAAGUAUAAAUGUAUGUUCAAUUUAAUGUUGUCACCCUACUUGUUUAACCCAAUUAGGAAAAUGAACCAUGGUUUUACUAUAGUAAUAGACUGUUCAGUGUAGUCCAAAACAUCUGGAAGAGUCUUUUAUUUUUAGGAUUUUACACGGUUGGGUGUAUGAGUAAAAUAAGGUCUGUGGUAAAGAUGUAUUCUACAACAUAUGUUACACACAGUCAUACCUCAAAUGUGAAUUUUGUGGUCACAGUGUUAUGUUGCUAACAAGUUGCUAAUUAAGGACUACAAUGAGUUUCCGGUUCGCCAGGCACGUACACUCACACGCUUGUGGUAUUUGUAGUCCUUAUUUAGCAUUUUAUUAGCAACAUACAUUUUUAAAAAACAGCAGCCUCAAAAUUCCCGUUUGAUUGACCGUUUGUAAUUUAUGUUGUAGAACAAAACGUCCAAGUAUCCAUACAGUAAGCAUGGUUUUACUGUAGUAUUCAGUAAAUUAUAAGACCAUAUCUAAAAAAUAAUAAACAUCUUUAAGAGGGUUGUAGGAAAUUCGACGGUCUCCCACAUGGCUAUAUGUAAAUAAAUAAAUGCACAAAAAAUAAACGCACAAAAUAUUUGUUUCCGUUGCGUACCGAUGUGAAUGUAAAAACAAUCACAAAAUUAUUCCACGAUUGAAAGUGUCCAAGGGAUUAUUGAGAUAAAGCAAGUAUCAUGGCCGCGCUCAUGAAAGUUCAAGUUCUUUUAUUUAUAAAGCACGUUUAAAAACAGCAUCAAGGCUGACCAAAGUGCUGUACAAUACAAAAUUAUAAAAACACACAACGAUUCAGGACCAGGACAUUACAUACUAUUAAAAGCCAGUGAAAAGAGAUGAGUUUUAAGAGAAGAUUUAAAAACAGAUAUUGAAGGUGACAAUCCUGAUACUGACAGGCAAACUAUUCCAUAAAAUAGGACCCACAAUGCUCCUCUACGCUUUAGCCUCGAGCGUGGGACAUCGAGGAGAUAUUGAUCACCGGAUCUCAGACUUCUAGGUGGGUUGUAAGGAUGUAGUAAGUAACUGGGAGCUUGGUUGUGUAACAAUUUUUCAACAAUCAAGAGAAUUUUAAAAUCAAUUCUAGCUUGAACCGGCAGCCAGUGAAGUGAUCUUAAAAUGGGGGUAACAUGAUCAUACUUCUGACCUCCUUUGAGAAAUUUUGCUGCUGCAUUGGACUAAUUGGAGUCGAGCAAUUAGAGAUUUGGAAAUUCCACAAUAGAGAGAAUUACAGUAGUCCAGACGAGAAGUGAUGAAGGCAUGAACUGCUAUCUCUAACGUUUUCUUUGUCAAAAAGGGUUUAACUUUAGAGUAGACGUAGCUGAAAGAAACUGGAACCUAUGACAGCACUAAUAUGUUUGUCAAAUUUCAGCUGGCUAUCAAACUUGAGGAGAGAGAAAAGCAUUAAGAUUUCCACAAUCAGCAUUACUGACAUCAAAAUUGUCUGUAGGACCAAAGACAAUCACUUCUGUCUUAUCUUCAUUCAAAAAUAAAACGUUUUUGACUAGCCAACCUUUUAUUUCCUCCAGGCAAGCUAGAAGAGAUUGUAUUGCAAUGUGAUCAUUUCAUUUAACCGGUAAGUAGAUUUGAGUGUCAUCAGCGUAGAAGUGGUAGGAGAUACCAUGGUUUCUGAUAAUGGAACCCAGAGGGAGCAUAUAUAGAGAAAAAAGUGCUGGCGCAAGAAUAGAGCCCUGUGGCACACCACAGAUAAUGCGGUUCACAGAAGAGGUAAAUUUGCCCAGCUUGACAGAGAACGUUCAAUCAGUUAAAUAGGAUUUAAACCAUUUAAGAACAUUCCCUUUUAAGCCCACACACGAUUCUAGUCUGGAGAGCAGUAUAGCAUGAUCAACAGUAUCAAACACUGAAGUCAGAUCUAAAAGAACUAAAAUCACAGUAUCACCUCAAUCUGUAGCUACUAAACUGUCAUUUAAAACAAGAAGAGCAGAUUCUGUGCAAUAUGAAGAUUUAAAACCAGACUGAAAAGUUUCAAAGAUUUGGUUGUUCUUAAGAAAUACCUGAAGAUGCAUAAGCACAAUCUUUUCCAUUAUUGUGAAUAUUUUCCAAAAAUACUAUUAAAGGAAUAUUCAGGGUUAAUAUAUAAUAUAAGUUGAGUUCAAUCGACAUCAUUUGUGGCAUAAUAUUGAUUACCACAAAAAUGUAUUUUGACUCCUUCCUCCUUUUCUUUAAAAAAAGCACAAAACACGGGGGCCUGGGUAGCUUAGCGAGUAAAUAUGCUGACUACCACACCUGGAGUCGUGAGUUCGAAUCCAGAGUGUGCUGAGUGACUCCAGCCAGGUCUCCUAAGCAACCAAAUUGGCCCGGUUGCUAGGGAGGGUAGAGUCACAUGGGGUAACCUCCUCGUGGUCGCUAUAAUGUGGUUCUCGCUCUCGGUGGGGCGCGUGGUGAGUUGUGCGUGGAUGCCGCGGAGAAUAGGGUGAAGCCUCCACACGCGCUAGGUAUCCGUGGUAACGCACUCAACAAGCCACGUGAUAAGAUGCGCGGAUUGACGGUCUCAGACGCGGAGGCAACUUAGGUUCGUCCUCCGCCACCUGGAUUGAGGUGAGUCACUACGCCACCACGAAAACUUAGAGCACAUUGGGCAUUCCAAAUUGGGGAGAAAGUGGGGUGGAGAGAGGGGGAGUAAACAAAUUUGGUUCCAGUGAGGCACUUACAAUGGAAGUCAAUAUGACCAAUUUUUUAACAUUAAAAUACUCACUGUUUCACAAGUAUAACCACAAAAGAUAUGAGUGUAAAAAUGAUUUUAAUGUGAUAAAAUCACUUACUAACCUGUUCUGUGCAAAGUUAUAGCCAAUUUGGACCAUUUGACCAUAACGAUGUAAUGUCAACAAACCCUAAAACGAUUGUAAAAAUGACAAUUUAAACAACUUCUCAAAUAAUACACAAUAAAAAGUUUUAACAGAAGAAUUAAUGUGUUUUUAUAAAAUUAUAAGUGUCACAUUUCUGUUUAAACCCUCCAAAAAUUGGUCCCAUUGACUUUCAUUGUAAGUGUCUCACUGUAACCUCCAUAUUUGCUUAUUUUAAAGAAAAGGACGGACGAGUCAAAACAAAUUUGUGUGGUAAUCAACAUUAUGCCACAAAUGCUGUUGAUUAGCUAAACAUGUAUUGAACCCAGAACAUUAGUUUAAUGGACUGGACUCAAACCCGGGUCUAAGACAAUAUGUUGGCACAUUAGCACAGAUUACGAGGCCACUUCAAAGCCAAUGGUAAAAUGCUUCUAAAUGACUCAAAUAUAGCAAGAAUAAAAUCAGCUAUGAUAAACAAUGAGGUGGAUUACAAAAUUGCUAUGGUGCACUAUCUAACCUUCAAGUUCUGCUUCUACAACCUCUGAGGAAAAAAGCCACAAGCAUCCUCAAUACAUGUGACAUUCAAAUUCAAAUAUGUUCUAACUGAAUAAUAUUACAACAAAAUAAACCAAGAGUUCUAUUUGUCUUUAAAACCA